UGACGUCGCAUCGCUAACUUCUGUGCGGACAGCCAACCGAAGCAUGAGGUUCCAUUGAUAGCUCGUGUGUGUGUGUGUGUGUUUUUUUUUUCUUUUCUCGGCGACGUUAAAUAAUGGAAAAGACGUGAUGCUACGCUCCCUAUCCGCAGUUUCGUCUCGUGUCGGCGGGUUUUAAACGGAAAACGCCAGCGAACUCUUCUCCACUCGGCCCCUCGGCCAGCGUCCCGCCUGCGAAAACACCGCUAGCUGGGAUGUGAUGGUGGAGCUCCGCCGACGAGGGGGAACUUCUUAUUGACAUUAUCACAGCUGAGUGGCCACUACACCGGCGUGUCCGCCCGCGUUCAACGCACGAAUGCCGCUUUUUUCUUGUUUAAUUCUUUGUGCGCGCGCGCGUGUGUUCCUCCGAUAGACAUUUGAGCUCGACGACGGGGAAGAAGAGCGCCACAUUUGCUUUGGCGGAAAUAACCGAAGCACCAGACCGCAUCCGCGGCGCUGGCAGUUCACCUGCGGUGGUGGUGGUGGUGGUGGUGGGGGGGGAAACAUGUCUUUCUUCAAUUUUCGCAAGAUCUUCAAGCUGGGGCCCGACAAGAGGAAGAAGCAGUACGAGCACGUGCACAGGGACGUGAACCCCGAGGAGAUCUGGGAGGUCGUCGGGGAGCUGGGCGACGGAGCGUUCGGGAAAGUGUACAAGGCACAGAACAAGCAGAAUGGGACACUCGCUGCUGCCAAGGUUAUUGACACCAAGACGGAGGAUGAGUUGGAAGAUUACAUGGUGGAGAUUGAGAUCCUGGCCUCCUGCAACCACCAUCACAUUGUCAAACUGCUGGACGCCUUUUACUUUGAAGGCAAACUUUGGAUCCUGAUUGAGUUCUGUGCGGGUGGCGCAGUGGAUGCCAUCAUGCUGGAACUGGAGAGGCCCCUGACAGAGCCCCAGAUCCGUGUGGUGUGUAGGCAGACCCUGGAGGCCUUGAUUUACCUCCACGAGAUCAAGGUCAUCCACAGAGACCUGAAAGCCGGGAACAUUCUCCUCUCCCUGGAUGGAGAAGUGAAACUGGCUGACUUCGGGGUGUCUGCUAAAAAUACCAAGACGUUACAGAGAAGAGAUUCUUUCAUCGGCACUCCGUACUGGAUGGCCCCAGAGGUAGUAAUGUGCGAAACGUCCAAGGACCGCCCGUACGACUACAAGGCCGACAUCUGGUCCCUCGGGGUUACCCUGAUAGAGCUGGCACAGAUUGAGCCACCCAACCACGAGAUGAAUCCCAUGAGAGUGCUGCUGAAAAUAGCCAAGUCAGAGCCGCCCACACUCAUGCAUCCCUCUCGCUGGUCACCAGAAUUCAACGACUUUCUGCGGAAAGCACUUGAUAAGAAUGUGGAUCACAGGUGGGGUCCAGUACAGCUUCUACAGCAUCCCUUUGUCACCAGUGUGACUGACAGCAAACCUCUCAGAGAGCUCAUAGCCGAGGCCAAAGCUGAAGUCACAGAGGAGCUCGAGGACAGCAAAGAGGAGGAGGAGGAAGAAGAGCCUGAAACACCUGUGCCUGUUCCUGGGCACAAGCGAGCACCAUCAGAUGCAAGUGUGGCAAGCUCAGAGGAUGACAAAGCCCCACAAACUCCCUCCACGCUGGAAUCUGUUACAGAAAAGAUGGAGGCAGAGCCUGGGGACCGGACCAGUGAUAAGCUCUCUGACGAAGGACUUGGAACAAGCGAGGUAGACAGGACUGAGGAGGAGAAACUCAAAGAGGUGUCAGACGCCAGUAAUGAAGACCUGGCCUCUGUGAUAGUGGAGACCAGCAAGGACUUGGUCUCACAAGAUCUUACAGAAGAUAAACCAGAAACUGAACUGGGGGAAGAGUUUCCUACAGAGCCCAUAGCAUCACAGCCUGAAGAACUGCUAGAUACAGAAGACCUUUACACUGAUGGUCAGGAAACAGAGGAGGAAAAGAAGGAGACACAAGAAGAGAAAACGGAGGAUGAGCUUACUCAAGUAACAGAAGAAGAAAAUAAGUCUGAUGAUGUGAAAGAAGAAGAACAAAAAGAAGAAGCAGGUACAGAAGAAUUUGUGAAAUCACAAGAGCAACCUGAAGAUAGACCAGAGAAACCAGAACCUGUAACAGGGGAUGUAUCACAGGCAGUAGAAGAAAACAAAGAACCAGCUGAGGAGAUGCCUCAACACAUAGUGACAGAUGACAGAAUAGAAGACUCAUCUAAUGGCACAGAUGCAAAUGUAGACACAGAAAAUAUAGAUUCAAAUUUAAAGGACACAAAGGUGAAUGGAGACACAGACUCAAAGUCAAGCGUGGAUGAUUCCUCCACUGACAUUUUGAUGGAGAAGCAGAUCAAAGAACGUCAGCCAGAGGAAAAGCCCGAGGAUGAGGCCCCCGAGGAGGCCGAGCAGCCUGAACACGAGAACCAGACCAGAGAGACGGUCGAUCUGGAGAAAGAGGCAGCAACUGAAUCCAUAAAUGGAGUCAGCGAUGAAGUCAAAGACACAUGUGAAGAUUCAGAACAAGUGGCACCAUCUGAAGACACCCCUGUGAAGAAGGAUGAGGAAAAAUCUACCCGCGCCGACGAGAACACUUCCCAAGAUGCCGUGUCCGUUCCAGACAGUGAAACGGAGUCUGAAUCCAAGACGGAGCAAGGAAGUCCUGCUGUGAUCAAGCCAGAUGUGGAGAAGGACUCCGACUCUGGAAGCAGCUCCGCCGCUGAUAGCAACAGCCUCGACCUCAAUCUGUCCAUCUCCAGCUUCCUGUCAAAGAGCAAAGAAGGGGGCUCUAUUUCUAUGCAGGAGUCAAGACGUCAGAAGAAGACUCUGAAGAAGACGCGUAAGUUCAUGGUGGAUGGCGUGGAGGUCAGCGUGACGACGUCAAAGAUAGUGACGGAUAACGACACCAAGAGCGAGGAGAUGAGGUUCCUGAGGCGGCAAGAGCUGAGAGAGCUGCGCCUGCUGCAGAAAGAGGAGCAGAGGGCCCAGCAGCAGCUGAGCAACAAGCUGCAGCAGCAGAGAGAGCACAUCUACCGGCGCUUUGAACAGGAAACCACUGCCAAGAAGCGUCAAUAUGACCAAGAAGUGGAAAAUCUUGAGAAGAAGCAGAAGCAGACCAUCGAGCGACUGGAGCAGGAUCACACCAGCCGACUGCGGGACGAAGCCAAGCGCAUCAAAGCGGAUCAAGACAAGGAGCUCUCUAAGUUCCAAAACAUGCUGAAGAACCGCAAGAAAGAGGUCAAACAGGAAGUCGGACAGUCACCCAAGCACUUGAGAAAAGAGCUCAUGAAACGCUUAAAGGACGACCUAUCGCUCUUCAAGACUGCCGAGGCAGUGGCCCAGGUUAUGAUACAGUCUUUUCAGUUGUCCUCAUGCGCACUCUUCAACGCUCAGAUGCAGGAUGAGCAGGAGUUCCUACAGAAGCAGCAGCAAGACCUGGACGGAGCGUUAAAGAAAAUCAUCCAACAGCAUAAACUGGAGAUCACCACCAUAGAGAGAGACUGCCUUAACCACAAGCAGCAGCUGAUGAGAGCUCGAGAGGCAGCCAUGUGGGAGUUGGAGGAGCGCCACCUGCAGGAGAAGCACCAGCAGCUUAAGCAGCAGCUGAAGGACCAGUAUUUCCUGCAAAGACACCAGCUGCUGAAGAGGCACGAGAAGGAGAUGGAGCAGAUGCAGCGCUACAACCAGCGGCUGAUAGAGGAGAUGAAGAACAAGCAGACUCAAGAGAGGGGUCGUCUGCCCAAGAUCCAGCGCGGCGAGGCCAAGACCCGCAUGGCCAUGUUCAAGAAGAGCAUCCGCAUCACUGCCACCACAGCCGUCACCCCCGAGCAGGAGAGGGAGCGGAUAAAACAGUUCGCAUCCCAGGAAGAAAAGAGGCAGAAGAACGAGAGGCUCCAUCAACACCAGAAACACGAGAACCAGAUGAGAGAUCUGCAGCUGCAGUGUGACUCGAACAUCAGGGAGCUGCAGCAGCUGCAGAAUGAGAAAUGCCACCUUCUGAUUGAACACGAGACCCAGAAGCUGAAGGAGCUUGAUGAGGAGCACAGCCAAGAGAUCAAGGAGUGGAGAGAGAAGCUCAGACCCAGGAAGAAGGCGUUAGAGGAGGAAUUCACACGGAAGCUCCAGGAGCAGGAGGUCUUCUUCAAGAUGAGUGGUGAAUCUGAAUGCCUUAACCCCACCACUCAGAGUCGAGUGUCCAAAUUCUACCCCAUCCCACACUUGCACAACACCGGUUUAUAGCCUCACUGUCCUGUCUGUGAUGCAGAACAGACUCCCAUCAAACUCGGCUGCGCUCACAGACGCGUCCCAAGGGAGCGACGUCAUUCCGCUGACCGUUAACCGUGAUUUAAAAAUCAAAAAUGUCCUCACCUCUUUUGAUUCCACCAUAAGUGAGCAUGACGUGCCUACACACGCACUUAAUCCGUUUUUUCUCAGCUUGUUGAGAAAGUGUCCGAUGGAUGAUAUGCACUUUUUUGAGCAUGUUGAAAAUGUAAAAGUCUGCAGUUGGUAGCAAAGGCCAAUCACGCUGAUCAGAACAUGGUCAAAUGCAGCCUGCUACAAGUGUGAAUGAUCUCCAGUGCCUCGUAUAUUCUGUUUUCUGCAUUCAGGCACUUCUCUGUGGUCAUUUUCUCCAGCUUGCAGUAAAUACAGUGCUCCCUGAAUGUGUUGCACUUAAAUAACUGGUUAUCAUUUCCACCCAUAAUCACAAAAUGCAGAGGUCAUUUUACAUCAGCCAGUGAUGGAGCCAACUCUGAGAUCUUGUAUUGGCUGCAUGGAAGGUAGAGCUGUUUCAAAGGGAAAUGUUCUGGCUGUGUUGUCUGACUUUGCGCACUUCUGUCUGUUGCCAUGAGAUUAAAAAAAGAAAGAAAUGCGCCAUGUCAGGAUCAGAAGUCUGUGAGUUACAAUGAAACGGAAUGUACUGUGCUGUAAAUGAGUGAAACGUUACAUGUCUGUACCUACAUAUGAAGUUUAAUCAAAUCCCCAUGAUGAUUUCACAGUCUUGAGAGAUGAAUGAACAAAAAAUACAACCAUCGCUUUUUAGCCACACAAUUUCAUUUCAGUGCUUUGCUCCAAAACACGCGUUCCCCUGUUUAGUUAAUCACAGAGGUGACGUGUUUCUUCCUGGGAAAGAUUUAUAUAUACAUACAUAUAUAAAACAAAUCACUUAAAACCCCUCUGGGAGUCUGAACACAAACAGUUACUAAAGGAAUGUAAAAAAUGUUGAUUUGCACUGUUUUUGCCACAAGAGCUCAAAAGAAAAUAUGCAGUCGUAAUCUGUCGAUCUAUCUUUGACAGUGAGUCACCUUCGUCUCACCCAAAGCCUUUUAUAAUUUUAACCUUGUUUUUCAUAUGUCUUUUAGUAUUUUAUGACCUUGUGUAUUUUCCCCAAGCAAGUAUUCUCUGAUAUAUUGAUGCUGUAAUCACUCUUAUUGGUGACACAAGUGUUGUCUGAAAGAUGAAAUAAUGUAAUCUGUAACUGUAUAAACUUCAGUGUGUGAGGCGACGUCCUUGGCUGUAUAUUACGAGCAAAGUAUCGAUGGUUCACAAAAAGAGACCUGUUUCAAGAUGAAGGCGCCCGAUAAGUUUAUUUUGCCACUGCAUAUCGUCGUAGUUUCUGUACGCCCACAUCUACAUUGACUGGUGUUUUGUCAUGAAUGCUGGAUUUUUGUUGGGGUUAUUGGAGACUGUGUCUUGUGAAUUAUACCAUACGCCCCAUAGAUUUCAGAUAUUCUUUUAUUUGGUUAAGUUACAGCAUUUAAUGUGUUGUUACAUUGUCAUUCUACCACAACUGAUAUUCUUGGUGGAUACAUAUUUGAUGUCAAAUCAAAUGUAUUUAAAAAUGUCCUUGCAAAUGGAAAUUUUUGAUUUUUGUUGUAAAUAAAAUAUGGACUGUU